AUGGGUAAACAUAAAUAGCGAUCUACUUCUGGAUCAAGUAGUAAUCGCAAAAAACAUAAGAAAAAGCAUCAUCACUCAAAAAAAGAAGUGAAAUAGGAACAUGUGAAAAAGGAAGAAUGUCUGUAGGCACAAUAAUAAGAAAUAAUAAAAGAAAAACCAAGUUUUGAGGCAUCUGGAAUAUUAGCCUAAUAUGCAGAGAAUGCAUUGGGCAAUGGCAAAGUCUUAAAGUUUACUAUUCCUUUCGAUGCUCAAAUUCCCAUAGCCAAUUGGCAAUUAUUCCCCUUUAAAGGAACACAAUCAUAUCCAUCUAUAUCUCUAAAAGGGAAGUCAGUAUUCUUGAUUGGGAAGGACAAAGAGAUCGUCGACAUCUUAAUUGAGAACAUUUCCGUUUCCAAAUAGCAUUGUGUCAUUUAAUUUAGAGAAAUAAAGAAGGUGAAUAGUCAAGGAGAAGUGCUAUCUUAUAUAAAACCAUACGCCAUGGAUUUAGAAAGCACAAAUGGAACUUAUCUAAAUGAUCAGCAAUUAGAACCUGCGAGGUAUUACGAAUUACUGGAAGAUGAUGUACUGAGAUUCGGAAAAAGCGAUAGAGAAUAUGUACUUAUAAAAUCGUGA